AUGCAUCAAAUUCGCAAAGUCAAGACGAUCCUGUCAGAAAGUAUAUAUGCGGAAUUGUUUCGCAAGAUGGAUGGUCACAACGGCAUGCUCCGAUCGCUCAUCGAGCAAUCUGUUUACCGGAAUGCGACUCGACAAAUGCCAAGACCAGACGCAAUCCAAACGGUUCAGCAAUACAAAAUGAUUCGAAAGGUGGUGAGCAGCAUCCAUGAAACUCUCACUCAGGAGAGAUUCUGGAGAUAUCCGUUUCGCAAUGUCCAUACAACCCGAUUCGUUCUUGAUCAGGAAGUGAAUAGAUGCGACGAGGUAGAGAAAGUACGAUUUCGGUUGGUUUUCACAGCGCCAGCAUCAGGCUCCAUGAUCGCUACGAUAUCGAAAUGGCAUGAGGUCGCUAUCGAGCCAGCACAGAUUCAAUUCCCAGCGCAUGUCCAAUCCUCAACACAGAUUCAAUCGGCUCAGCAGACAAUUUCAUCUGCUUCACAGCAGGGCUUCUCUCAACCGUCUAUCUCGACUGGAUCGUCAUUCUGCAGGGAUCCUAGCCAUCAGAUCUCCCCCUCACAGAUAUCCGAUAUGUGCAAUGCACUUGCUCGAUAUGUGACAUCUCGUGGCAAUCAACAACCUCUUGGCUAUCUCAGCGACGGUUCAUACAGGCAUGACCUACUUGUGCUCAAAAGCGACGAGGGACGGCUAGACUCCCAGUCCCUUGAAGAGCUUCUCCGAGAAUCAUCUCACCUCCUCCCAUCCGUUGAUGGCGGCUUUGAUUUUUCCAGAAGAGAUCGCUUAUACUUAGCAGCAAAAUUGUCAGUACUUUGCUCCAAUUCCAAGGCAACUGGCUCCAAGGCAACUGGCUUCAAGAGAGCUGAGCUCCGCCGAUAUCUCAAUAUCGAAGAACGCCGCUAG